AUGGCUGCUCCCACAACAAUCAACAUAGACGACGUGUCUGGGCGAUGGCUGCUCAACCGCCAGCUCUCCGAAUCCACCGAGGCAAUGUUUGCCUUGCAAGGGAUUCCAUGGAUCAUUCGGAAAAUCAUCAACUUUGCCACGCUGGAGCUCGAGUAUGUCAAGCUCGACACAACGCCGGACGCGACCGCAGCCCGGCUUGCCUUCAAACAGACGGUCCGGCCCGGGGGUUUCGACACACGCAACGAGUAUAUCCUGGAUGGCGAGAGCCGCACGGACACGGUGCCCAUUUUCGGCGAGAUCAGCAUGCGGUGCCAUUACGUCGGCAACGAGGAAGCGGCAAAGCACGAUGCGGUCGGACUCGAAACCGGCGCGGACAACGCAGGCCACGCAGCCAUUCUCGAGAUCCUCAGGAGCGAGCCCAUGGGCUGGGCCGCGACCACCGUAUGGGGCUUUGAAGUCAUCGAUGGGGUCCGACGCUUUGUCAAGCACAACAGCACCAUCAAGGGAGAGAAAGUGGAGAAGGCAAAAUUGGUUUUUGACUACCUGGGACCGCCACAAGUAUGA